AUGCCUCAAACCUCUUACGCCUCCAAGCGGGCCCCGAAGGGUCUUGCAAAAAAUGCCCACCCACGCCCAUCCACCCCCGAGUCCAAUAUCAUGCGAAAUCUCGAUAUGUCUCCCAAGGGGAAACAUCCUCGAAAGUCAGAGAACUCUCGACCAGACCGGAAGCGGAGGGUAUCCACCUCAUCUGUCUCGAGUGUAUCCUCUGUUUCGUCUCUAGAAGAAUUGAGCGACGGAGAUGACUCGGAGGAAGAUGCAGACGACGAGCAAGAACCAGCUGUCCGGGCCCCGUCUUAUGCUCGCCGCAGAGACAACAAGGCGGGGCGCCGAUCAACGGCAACCAAGAGACGCCGUGUCAUACCCGAUGACAGCAGUGACGGCAGCGACUCGGAGAGCUCAGACGAUUACGCCGGGGUGGACUACAUCACCGAUGCGGAAGAUGAAGAACAAGAAAUGGAGAAAAUGGAAGAAAUGAUGAUCAUGGAGUCUGAAAAGAACCCCAGACCUCUGCCCAGCUCCGAAUUCAAUGAUGACAUGUGGACGGCCAAUGCCUUCGACGACAACAUGUUCCUCCCGGCUGCCUCAUUCUUUGACGAAGAGCACCUGUACAGUGCCAUGGACACCUUCGGGGAGCCUGAUGUGCCCAGUGAAGCGGUGGAAACACCGGCUACCCGGCGGGUGCACUUCGAAGAGCGAUCCGACUCGUCUUCCGAUAGUGAUUCUCACACGGAUGAUGAUAUCCCCGGGGACUUUUUGCAGCAGGACAGUCUGGACCCCCAGCUGCGUCGUAUGAUUGAAAACGACAAUGAGAAUUACCAAAGAAACAACCGUCGUCAAUCAGAGGAGAUGUUUGGCGACGUCGAUUACGGCCACGGCAACAUCUACCACGUAGAGUCCGAGGGAUCAUCCGAAGGAAGCUUGAGUGGCUAUGAAAGCGAUGAUGGCGACACUACAGACGAAGACCUUCCCCCACCUGCCACUAUCACUCAUCCUCGGUCUCUUCUCCGGCGCGAUUCAUCCGACUCUCUGGCCCCCACGGGCGAUGACAAGAGUGACACUGUGCCUCGCCGCAGGGGACCCAUCAUGGGAACCUUUACAACGGACCCUCACAAGCCUGUGGCUCUAGUUGACUGUACCGGUAAACACCUCGUCAUCAUUCCUGCGUAUGCAUCCUCUCGCCACGACUGGUUGGAAUCUGCUGCCAACAGCAUGCCGGGAACCGCCAACACCAGCCCUCGCCAAACAACACUGCACCUGGUCGAUGAGAGCGACACCGACGCACUUGCGUCUCCCAAUCAGACAGAUUUCAGCCCUAUGCUGGCCUCAAGUGCCAAUCUCAUGAUGACCGCUCUGGGCAAUGACCUCACCCCAGGAGGCCAGGUCAUGGGACCACCCGAGGCAUUCUACCCCUCUCAAGACUUCACGAUCGACAGUUCGUUCGAAGAGGACGACGAGGACGACCCUGAGACUGCUCUGAAUGUUGAUGACUUCAUUGACUUUGGAAAUGGCUCUUCGGAUGAAGACGACGAGCUGGAUCAUCACUUCCAGGAAUCUGCCCAGGCCUCUCCAACAGCUGCUCCCUCCGCCAAGUCCCUGGGCACACCUACGCCGACUCGCAAAUCAGAGUCUCAACCCAACAACGAAGAGCGGUUCCUCAACCACCUAGACAAGGGCAUUGUCACCGCCUUCCGUCGUAAUCACAACCGUUAUCAAGCUCUUCUCCGCCUUCCCCAACACCGCGAGUUCAUGCCUGCCAACUCCCCGGCGCGUCCUGCCAGUGUCUUCCGACACGCCAAGACCAAUGACCAGCGCACUCCCACCCGCAAGCGCAAGUCCAACACCAUUGCUGGUGGCGAGGCUGUGCGGCGUAAGCUGAUGGACGCCCAGCAGCGCCGUUCUCAGCUUCCACUCUAA